UCAGGAGGCGUCAGGAGCGAGCGCUGGCUCUCUGAGGGACGCUUCUUCUUUUUGUGGUGGGAUCCGGAGCUGUGAUGAUCUACAUGAGAAAGACAUUAUGAACAACUCAACGCCAUCAGAGCUGCUCAACACACACACACAGUGGAAAAGGAGGCGUCGAAGGACACCAUAUAAAAAGCACAAUAAAGAGGCAUCUGAAUCUAACAGCAAACCACAACACAGCUGUAUCAUGAACGCUACACAGUUCAAGGUUCAAAAUGUCGACCUGCAACAGGUCCGGAACCAGAUCCAGCACAGGACCGAAGGUCUGAGCUCCAGAACUCUGGUGCUGCGAAGAGGACAGCCGUUCACAAUUCUCAUUAACUAUGAUGGACGGCCAUUCAAUCCACAGAGGGAAAAACUGGUCUUUGCUCUAGGGCCGCUGGAUGUGGAGGUCCCUCUCUCUGUGUCUGGACAGCCUUCUCCAAAUCAAUGGAGUGCCAUUCAGGAGAAGAGCCUACCUAUCCCGUAUGCACCCUGUCCACUGGCAGUAUCACUGUCCAGCCCUGUGUCUGCCUAUGUAGGAGUCUAUAAACUCCAGCUGAGAGUCGAGACCGGCCAGAGUGCCAAAACCUAUUUUCUCGGCAAUUUCACGCUCCUCUGCAACCCCUGGUGCGAAGAUGAUCCAGUGUUCCUGCCGUCGGAGGAUCUGAGGAAUGAAUACGUCAGUAGUGAUUAUGGCGUGCUGUAUAAGGGCAGCCCCUGUAACAUGUUCCCCAGACCCUGGUCUUUUAAUCAGUAUGAUAAAGGGAUGCUGGACAUCUGUAUGCAGUUGCUGCAGAUAAGUCCUCAAUCUCAAGCCGACAUGAAGAAAGAUCUGCUGAACCGCAGCAGUCCGGUGUACAUCAGCCGCGUGGUCUCCGCUAUGGUGAACUGUCAGGAUGAUAAAGGGGUGUUACAGGGGAACUGGACAGAAAACUACAGCGGCGGUGUCAACCCCUCGACGUGGUCCGGCAGUGGAGAUAUUCUCAGGAUGUGGUCAGAAACACAAUACAGCCCUGUGAAAUACGGACAGUGCUGGGUGUUCGCUGCUGUCAUGUGUACAGUAAUGAGAGCCCUCGGCAUUCCAACUCGAGUGGUCACCAACUUCAGCUCCGGUCACGACACAAAUGACAACAUGGUGAUUGAGGAAUAUUACUCAGAGAUGGGGGAAAAGCUGUCCAUAGGCCAGGAUAGCAUCUGCCAGGUUUCAGUGAAGCACAAUGCAGCCGAGUUUGAAAAGUUCCUAUUUGUGCAGGAACUUGUGUGGGUGGAGAGCUGGAUGAAGAGGCCUGAUCUGGGUCAAGGUUAUGAUGGCUGGCAGGUUCUUGACCCCACACCUCAAGAGAAGAGCAAGGGAAUAUUCCGCUGUGGCCCUGCUUCUGUUAAAGCCAUUUCUGAGAAGAAGGUGGACAUGCCAUUCGAUGUACCGUUCGUUUAUGCAGAAGUGAAUGCAGAUGUGCAUGAAAUAAUGGUGAGAAAUGGGAAGAGAUUAUCAUGCACUGUUAAAAAGGACAAAGUUGGAGUCCUGAUCUGUACCAAACAUCCCGGAUCCAAGAAAAUGCAGGACAUCACGGCAGAAUACAAACCUAAGAAGGAUAUCUUGAGAACUGAAUGCUUCAGCGCGCCCUUGAAAGUUGAACUGCAAAGCGCCAAAUUUUCAGAUGCUGGAGGUGAUUUGGGGAAUCUUGUUCCUGGGGGCAUUGCAGUUUCUCUCCAUCUCUUGAAAGCUCCCAUAGUCGGAGAAAACAUUUCUUUCAACAUCAUAAUCAUUAAUAAAAGGAAUGUUCUGAAAAGGCUGAGAAAACAUGUGAAUGCUCAGAGCAAAGAGUACAACUGCAAUCCCAAAGAAGCCUUCUGGAAGGCUGACAAUGAUCUGGAGAUCGGCCCGUAUGAAUCCAUGGCUGUAAAACACGAGAUCUCCUUCAAGGAGUACAUGCAGAAGGAGGUGAAGGAGGAUCAUCUGGUUAACCUGGCUGUGGUUAUAGAGGAUGUGGAGUCUGAGGAGAGAGUGCUGGCUUCAGAAGAGUUCCACAUCAAGAGCCCUGCCCUCCAAAUACAUGUUCAAAACAAGCGCUCGGUCAUCAUCAAUGAGCAGCAACUUGCCAUGGUGACUUUUACCAACACGUUCGAUGUUGCAGUGAGCGGUGAACUCACCAUAGAGGGUUCAGGACUCUUAGAGGAGAAGGUUCAGAUCAGCCUUAAGAUCCAGCCUGGAGAAACCAUUUGGAGGCCCGUCAGUAUCAUUCCCAGGAUGACGGGUGACAAGAUGCUUCACGGUAGUUUAGUGUUGACAAAUCUGCCCAUCAUCCUCCGUGGAUUCAAGACCGUCAAUGUUCAAGCAGUUUAAAGAUGAUUGUGAACCCUCGACAUGAUGUACUAGUGGCUGAAACACCUUUGGAAAUGAUUGCUUUCUAUUACAGUUUUUUUUUUUUUUUUUUUUUUACAGUUGCUAACAUCCUUUUGUCCAAUCUGUAGUCACAUUUUCAAAACUAUAAACACAAUUAGCGCAACAUCCACCAUCAGUGUUGGGGGUAACGCUUUACAAGUUACUUAAUCUGAUUUUUUUUUUUUUUAAGAAAUCUGAACUGCAGAGGCGUUGUGUGUGCUGUGUGAACAUGAUUGUUAUUCUAGAUUAGUUCUUACUUCUUUUGCCAGCACGGGUCACAUGUUUUUAACUCCUCAGGCCCACUUUGGCUGCCUUCAGUCACAAAGAUCAUCAGGGCCUCUUUUUUUCUACAUUAAAAAGUAAAGUUGAAUAUUGUCUGAACUUCUUUCUUUGAGAAACUGCAUUCAUUACUGAUUCGAAUGGGAGUCUGAGAGCUACUCCUCCUUGAAGUAGAUGUUUCCUCUCUCUAUGUGCAUGUGUUAGUAUCUAUCUGUGCAGGACUGGACUCCAGAGAGAUGGAAAACUGCACCCAGUACAGAAUGGACAUGGACAUCUUCAGACAUAUUGGCGCUGAGGAGGGUUGAUAUACAUUUUUGGAGGAACACUUCAUGUGCAAAACUCUAAUCUCAUUGUCACCUAAAUAAUCCUUGAAGAGUUUCUCUUAGACUAAACGUACAUGUGUUUCAACCAAUCAGAAUCCUUUUCACAUAGUAAUGAUGUAGUUAGUGACCUUUGUUAGAGUAUAAUUUCUGCUGUAUUGAGUUUGUAAACAGAGUGGCCUACGAACUCCUCACGAGUAUUGAAGCUGACUUCUGCUAAUGAAACUACAAACUAUUUUCUUCAUUACAUUUUUCUUCAAUUGACU